AUGGCACCGAAGAUCCUCAUUGUUCUUACGUCCACCGACAAAAUGACCAGCGGCAAACAAACUGGGUGGUAUCUGCCGGAGCUCGUUCACCCCUGGGAAGUCCUCCAUUCUAAAGCAGAGCUCACCUUCGCCUCACCCAAAGGUGGAGAAGCUCCCGUCGACCCAGCCUCUAUCGAGGCCAGCAAAGCGGACGCUUCCUCCAUGAACUUCAUCAAAGAGCACAAGUCCCUCUACCAAAACACCAAGAAGCUCUCCGAUAUCUCCCACACUGCCGCUGACGAAUUCGACGCCGUGUUCUAUCCCGGGGGCCACGGUCCCAUGUUUGAUCUCGUGAACGACGAAGAUUCGAUCAGGAUCAUCAGUCAAAUGUACGCGAAGGGGAAACCCGUUGCCGCGGUGUGCCACGGUCCCGUUGUUUUCGCGCAUGUUCACGGCCCGGAUACGCGGUCCAUGCUGAAGGGGAGGAAGGUUACGGGGUUUAGUGACGUGGAAGAGGAGCUGAUGAAGUUCGUUGAUGAUAUGCCGUUCUCGCUCGAGAAGGUCCUGAAUGAGAAGAGCGACGGAGGGUUCGAGAAGGCCAGUGAACCGUGGGGGGAGAAGGUCAUUGUUGAUGGCCAUGUCAUCACUGGGCAGAACCCUGCGUCGGCGAGGGGUGUCGCUGAGGCGCUGGCUAAGGAGCUGAAGAUCUAA